GGUUUCAAGGCUUCCAACCCAGUGCUGGCUCACUCUUCAAGGGUUUUCCUGUGACUGGAUAUCAAAUAUUCACCAGACAGAUGAGUCCUGGCCAUGUGGUGCAGAGCAGACAUGUUCUAUUUGAUUAAUGAGGCUGUUGAGAUAACAAGGCUUUGCUGUGUGGUGCUUGGUUUAUCUUAAAGGCUUCUCUGAAUUUGGCACCAAGUUCUGCAGGUAGGAUUGGUUAUCUCCUGCCUCCUGUGCUGCCCAAAUUGGAAAUGCAGGAUUUAUUAUUGCAGCAGAGCGAGGAGCCUUGUGCUGACGCUGUGCUCGCUGACUUUCUUCUCUUGCUGAGAGCUCCCGUGCUGCUGUUGUCAGAGAGAAGGAGGCAUUUGUUGUGGUUGACUCGAGAACAUUCAGUUCAGAAAUAGAACUGCAGGGGAAGGUUCACUUCCCAGAGGUUCAGUUUCAUCCCAGCCGUGGAUGCAGGCACACAUCCCAGCGCCGAUGGAAAUCCGCCGGCUCCCGUUCCAGCUCGGGCAGAACGAGCCCAGAUUGAUUGGUGAAAUCUGAUCUGUGCCUUCUGCCUGUUUGUUUUCCAUCUUCCAAUAAGUCAUUGCACGUUUGCUCCGAGUUUUGGCUGAAGGGCUCGGGUUACCUUGCUGUGAGUCUUGGUGGGGUUUGCGGGGAGAAAAUCAAGAGCUUCGGGAGCUGGAGGUUACCCGUUGGUCCUCGUGGUCUGAGAAGGUGAAGAAUGAUGGAAACAAGAUUUCUUCUGCUUUUCUGCCCAUGAAUCAGCAAAAAGGAGGAAGAGGAAGAAGAGCUGGCUGUGGACAGUCCUUCCUGCUGUGCGUGGCAGCUCUGGAUGGUGGCAGCCCUCGGUGACGGCGUCAUUGCCUCCCAGAAGGGGGGACUGGCAGCCAGCAGGCACUUGGACACUUUGUGAUAGCCAGAGUGGGUCGUUAUCUCGAGAGCUGAAGGCCACAUGGGAGCUUGGCAGAACUUCUUGAUCAAGUCCUGUUAGAGCUGGUUGCUUGUUUAAUUCCAAAGGUCGUGUUGAUCAUGGACAGUGAAGAAAUCCCUACUUUUUCGAGUCCAAAGGAGGAAACUGCCUAUUGGAAAGAGCUUUCCUUGAAGUACAAGCAAAGCUUCCAGGAGGCUCGUGAAGAGCUGGCUGAGUUCCAGGAGGGAAGCAGGGAAUUGGAAGCUGAGUUGGAGGCACAGCUAGUGCAAGCUGAGCAGAGGAACAGAGAUUUGCAAGCAGAUAACCAAAGACUGAAAUAUGAAGUGGAAACAUUAAAGGAGAAACUGGAGCACCAGUAUGCCCAGAGUUACAAGCAGGUGUCGUUGUUGGAGGAUGACCUGAGCCAGACAAGGGCCAUCAAAGACCAGCUGCACAAAUAUGUGAGGGAGCUGGAGCAGGCCAACGAUGACCUGGAACGUGCCAAGAGGGCGACAAUAGUUUCAUUGGAAGACUUUGAACAAAGGCUGAACCAAGCCAUUGAGAGAAAUGCAUUUUUAGAAAGUGAACUGGAUGACAAGGAGUCAUUGCUGGUCUCUGUACAGAGAUUAAAGGAUGAAGCAAGAGACCUGCGGCAGGAGCUGGCUGUGAGGGAAAGGCAGCAGGAGGUGACCCGGAAAUCAGCACCCAGCUCCCCCACUCUGGACUGUGAGAAGAUGGAUUCAGCUGUCCAGGCCUCCCUCUCCUUGCCAGCUACACCCGUUGGAAAAGGAUCAGAAAACAGUUUUCCUUCCCCAAAAGCUAUACCAAAUGGGUUUGGAACCAGCCCACUCACUCCCUCAGCUCGAAUAUCUGCACUCAACAUCGUGGGAGAUCUGCUACGCAAAGUGGGGGCCUUAGAAUCCAAAUUAGCUGCUUGCAGGAAUUUUGCAAAGGACCAGGCAUCACGGAAAUCCUACAUUUCAGGGAACGUCAGCAGCGCCGUGCUGGGCAGCAACGGCACCAAGUACCCACACCCAGGGCACACGUCCUUCUUUGACAAGGGGGCAGUGAACGGCUUUGACCAAGGGCCCCCCGGCCUGGGGGGCUCCCGCCCCUCCUCGGCGCCGGGAAUGCUCCCCCUGAACGUGUGAGCCCCCGGGGCUUGGACUUGGAUGCUUUUCUCAGCCCACCUCGAGAAGAAGUGCUCCUGAUUCCUCCCCAUUCCCACCCUGCUGGAGCGUGGCCCUGAGAGGAGCCCCAGCCCACGGCCCUCCAUGUCCUGUCAAUACAGUUUGUUUUCUGCUCUCGCUGUAGUGGACGUUCUCUGCCCGGCCCCACGAGCUGCCACCCUCUGCUCUGCCUGGGGCCACCGAGUCCUGCUCUGCCUGGGGACACUGAGUCCUGCUGUGCUUGGGGACACUGAGUCCUGCUCUGCCUGGGGACACCGAGUCCUGCUGUGCUUGGGGACACCGAGUCCUGCUGUGCUGGGGGACAGCCCCAGCCUGCCCCCUUGGCUUUCCCUCUCCUCUCCUUAGGUCUGACAGAGCUUUGUCCCCUCCUCUGCCAGGCUCCCCUGCCCUGUCCCCUGCCAGGCCCUGCAGCUGCUGCUCUCAGACCUCGUGGAAGUGCCCUGGGGUGGCCAGUGGUGGCCCUGGGGCCAUUGGCACUGGGGAGCCAGCCCCAGGUGCUGUCUCAGGGGCAGCUGCACCCGGGGCAGUCAGAGCAGGGCUGGGUGAGCAGCUCCAGCCUGGCCAGGCCGGGUCCAUCCCUGCUGGACAGCUGGGCACACACCCAGAGCCAGGCUCUGUGGCCACCCCAGCCCCCCAGCUGGGCCUGGCAUGGCUGAGCUGUUCUCCCUGGGGCCCCUGCCCUGGAGCAGGGUGGGCAGUGCUGUGGCCAGGGGCUGUGCCCUCAGUGUCCCCAGGGCAGGGCUGUGCCCUCAGUGUCCCCAGGGCUGCCCCACAGCUCCUGGCCCUGCUGGACUCGGCCUCCGUCCCUCGCCCACUCACAGCGACCCCCUGGGAGCUUUAGGAAGCUGCUGCUCCCCCUGGCCCAGGAGCCCCCUGGCCCAGGAGCCCCCUGGCCAUCACCCCCUGUGCUGUAGGACUGGACUGUGCAGCCUCCCCUGCGGGCUGCUGGGACACUCUGGGGCGACUGAACCUUGUGGGUCUUUCAGCAUCACAUUUGUGUGCUUUCCCUGUCCCUGUGCCUCAGAGUCAGUGGAUUUUUAUUCUGAACCAGCAAAUGGAGCCAGGGUUGGAGCUGAGGGUUCAGCAGUCGUCAGUCAGGGGCUCUGCAGCUCCCAGGUGGUUGAGUUACAAAAUGCUGAGAAAAAACCCCACUGGCCCAGCAGUGGAGGUGGGAUUGUCCCUUUGCCAUUAGGGUUUGUAUGGUCCUUCCUUCCUGUGCAUCCUCUGCUGCAUUUGACUGUUUACAUUUGUUUUAUUGUACAUAGAUUUGUAAACAUAAUACCUUUGCCUGAGGUCUUUGUACAUAACUUGGGCUUUGUAGCUUUAUUUAUUCAGCCUCUCUCUGGCAUGUUUCCAUAGGAUGUACCGUUCCACCCUGGUGCCACUGACAUGAUGUGGUUUCAAAAGAAUGAAAACAAAUGAGAGUAAUCUUCCAAAAAUAAAGUUCUUUUAAUGUGGAA